UUGGUACCAAAACCAAAAUUAUUUCUGAAAAUAGAUUUGUAUAUAUUUGUAAAUAAUUGUUGUACAUAAAACGAGACAUAAAGUAGCCAGCUAAGUUUUUUAUUGACACAGAAUAUAGUCCUUUUGACUGUUACGUCUUAGUGUUUUGUAUUUGCCUGCAGUUGAAGGAAUUUUGUAGUAUUUAAAUUUUUUAACAUAUUUGAUCGAUAUUGUUUCAUACUUAUAUUAUAGAAAUGUUUAACACUAACCUUAAUAAAGUUUUGAGAAGCGUUUUAAUUGCAGGGGAUUCCAACCUGAAGCAGCUUGUACCAAUGUUUGAAUACCCAGUUAGAACACUGUGCAUACCUGGUGCCAAAGUACAGAAUGACCGGAAAGAAUUCUAUUCCCAACUGAUGAGUGCCAUGAAGACAGAAAACCCGGACCAGAUUGUUCUGCAUCUAGGUUCGAAUGAUGUAUUUGGUGAUGUUGAAUCAACUUUGAGAUCUUAUAGAUUCCUGAUAGAGAAUUUGCUGCUGAAAUUUAAAUCGUUGCAAAUAGGUAUUUGUGGCAUACUUCCCCGUGCAGUAAACCACUAUGAGAGUAGUUAUUGGAACAUGUCAGCAUUGCCAAGACUGCAGAGAGAUGUCUUUAAGUUGAAUGCUGGUAUACAGUCUUUAACUUGUGGUUACAGUAGAUGUUUUUUUAUUGAUUAUGCACAGAUCUUUAAACCUGCUGUUCAUCUUGGAAGGGACGGACUUCAUGUAAAUAGAAAUGGAGCUUUUAUUUUGAAGAUGACUAUAGAGAACUAUUUAGCAGAGAGACAAAAGUGUGUUACAUCCGUGACUGCAACCUUAUCUCACGUACAGGUACCUGAUGUAGAAUCUUUGUCACCCAAGAUGACCUAUGCAGAAGUGGUGAGACUACCAGUACCUUCUUCUGAUACAGGAAAGAGACCUUUUGACACGGAUGCUGAACAUCAGAAUUCCUCAAGAACCCCUUCUAAGAGGAAGAGAUUGUCUUCAGCUGGGGCAAGAAGAUCAAAUAAUAAAAGAUCUCACAGAAAACCAAGAGGAACUUAUAAAACAGGAUACAGUUUAAAGAGGAAUGAAAUAGUCCUAGAUGUUACUGAGGAUCUGGCUGUUAUCUUGUCAUCCUCAGUCAUUCAUAGUUUCUAUCAGACUGACACGAAAAAGCAAUCUGUGGAAUCCUUACAAGUGAAGCAAUCAAAGAAAACAGCUGUGACUAAGAAAGAAAAAAAAAGCACUUAUAAUUGUCCUGUUUGUCCAGUAAUAUGCUCAAGAGAAGAUUUUCUGAUAGACCAUGUUAUUUGCUGUCAUGCUAAAAAAGGCAAAACUCACUUAGUCAAAGAUCUUUCUCUUCAGGUACCAAUAACUGAGGAACCUGUAGAGGAGCUUAGGAGUUCCUAUGACGAGAAUGAUAAACACAUAGCAUAUGGUAGUGUAUACAUAGAGGGUUAUGAAGUGGAUUGUAUUAUUCCAUCACAAACAGAGUUUGCAGAGAGUGAUGAAGUGGAGUGUAGUAUUCCAACAACAAUAGAGUUUGCAGAGAGUGAUGAACUGGAGUGUAGUAUUUCAACAAUAGAAUUUGCAGAGAGUGAUGAAGUGGAGUGUAGUAUUCCAACAACAAUAGAUUUUGCAGAGAGUGAGGAAGUGGAGUCUAGUAGUCCCACAAGAAUAGAGUUUGCACUAACAACAGUGAAGGUUUUGGCAAGCAGAUGUUGGAAGAACUUCAAAAGGUUUAUCCUGCAUCUCUGUGGGGAUGUUGAAGAAAAUCCAGGACCUACAAUGGUAGAUCUGAAGUGCAAGUGGGAGCAGUGUACAGAGGACAAGUUCGCUGAUAUUCGUCUAUUAGCCCAGCACGUGAUUUCGCACAUUCAUCCUGGAAUUCUUUGCCAAUGGGAAGAAUGUGUAUAUUGUUGUCCAAAUGAACAAUACAAACUGGAAAUUCAUGUGCUACAACAUAUAUACUUGGAACAGUUUACUUUUCAGUCAAUUGAAGAAUGGGGAAGAGCACUUCCUUCAGGACAGUUUUCAGAGAAUUGUACUGAUCUUCACUUGUGUCCUCCUAAUUUGAAAAUUAAGUUAGGCCUCCCAUUGUUAGAUGAAGAAUUUAGUAUGCCAUCUCAGUACCCGUAUACUGUUAAAGAUCAUCAGCUUUAUGUACUACAAUUACAGACAGAGAAUCCCGAAAAUUAUGAAAGAUUAGUAUCUGCCUUUCAACAAAAGGUUGAAACCAUGAGUGAUACUACAGCUAGUCAAUCUGGAACUGAACCCUCAACUUCUACUAGUGGUAAUACCACAGAGCUGACAAUCCAGGGAAUUGAUCAAUUGGCUGUCUUGAACUCUAACAUGACACGCUCAAGUCAACAGGUUAUUGUCACAAACCGUCCUGAGCUGACAGGUACCAAUCAGAGUACAGUAAAAUUUACACUCAGAGAUGAAACAGAAAUAGUAACAAGGAAGUAUAUCUCAAGCAAUUCUAAGAAGAGAAAAUACGUAGCCUCCAGCAUUCAAAACCUUAAUGAUAGAAACAUGACCGAAAAUGAUCUAAUAACAAACUUAAAUAUGUGUAGACAGGCUAUUUUGGUGGAACAUAAUAUAAUCAGCAAAAUGCAAGAUAUGAAAUUUCUUGAUCCAAAUAAUUGUCUAUUUUUAUUUGAGGAAGCUGCUAUUAAUAUGUCAACUUAUCCAGACUGCUCUGAAGGAGUUUUCAUUUUUUCAAUCUUUGAUAUUGAGAUUGAAAAUCACAAUGCACCUGUACAUUAUAUACGAUACAUAGAAUCAGGAUAUUACAAACAUUUCAUGGAGGAGACUUUUCUGGAUGUAAUAUGUCAAACGUUAGGAAUUCUGCAAGAUAAUGUAUUCUUAUGCAACAUCCUAACUGGUGGAGAUCAGCAGAAAAUGCUCAUCGAAAAGAAAAACAAGGACUCAAGAAAAUCUAGAACACGCCCUGACAAAAUUUAUGCCAACAAUUUAAAGAGCUUAAAAUCUAGAAGACAACAAUUGUGUGAAAAAGUUAAAGACUUUUGUGACAUUGAACUAGCUGCUUGUUUUGUGCACACUGCUAGACAUGGUUAUAAAGUUAAGAUAGAUUCAGAUGCCAGUGAUGGUCUUUACUUUUCAUCUAACAAUGAACUAUUCCACACAGAAAUCAUACAAAACAAGAUACUUCAUUACCCAGAAGUGAAAAAUGCAGAAGUUAGUGACAAAUGCUCAGAUGACUUUAUGAAGCCUCUCCCUGCUAGUAAUGUUAAUAACCUAUGUUACAAAAGUUGCAUGAUUAACUUUCUAUCAAAUGAUCACAACAGAUUCCUUGGAAAAGAUAAUUUGCGCUAUCAUUACAGAUUUUCAACAAGUCCAAAGGCCACCUCUUUGAGAAAUCGGGUAUUGUACUUGUACAAAAAUCAUCAGCUGAAUGAACUUCAAACCAUUUACUCAUCUUUCCAACAAGAAGACCAGAAUCAAGAAAACAUAAAUAACCAAAAUAUGAAUGAUCCCACUGGAGAACCUCAAACAAAAAGAACCAGGACAUUUAUUCAUCGGAAGAAAAUUCUGACAAAAGAAAUGGCUUUGCAGACUAUUUCAGGACAAAAUGUGGAAAAUAUGUUCAAAAAAGUAAAUUUAUAUGAUAACUACAAGAAAAAUCUUUUACAGAAUCGAAGUUUUAUUAUCCAGGUUUACGAUGAAGAGAAAGUUAUUGCAAUUAUGAAUGAUUAUGAUGAUGAAAGUGGGGAAUUUAGAAGCUCUGAUUAUCUGAAGAAUGCUCCUCAUUUUUGGACAGAAUUUAGCAAACCUGAAGCUGCAGUGAACACUGAAAAUGAUGAGAAUAUACAGCUUAUUGACCAGGAAAUUCAAGAAAUUACUGGCAAUGACAUAGAAGAAGAAAUUCCUACUAUGAAUUCCUGUGACUCUAAUUUUGAUGUGACUAGUGGACUUUGGUCAUUUCCAUGCAUAAGUAGUCAUAAACCACGAAAACAACAAGAUCCCAAUCUAGUUCAGAAUAUACAACAUCGUUAUAUAUUGGGCGCUCUUAACUUAAACAAUGUUGAAAAUGGAUGCAUUAAAGGUCCACAUCUUAUUCCAGAUAUUCCAACUUCAGUUUGUCCAUGUGGCGCAGGAUGGACAAGUAAUCAGCAGCUAAAUGGUGUAACUACAUUUUCCAGAGUACUCACUAUCUAUACAAAAAUAGCACCAGUACAGUGUCAGGUAUAUAGCAGAAGCUGUGCUAAUGAAGAAUCACCAUGUAAAAAAGCCUGGGAUGAAGGAGAUAAAGAAUGUUUACAUGUAGUUACCCGAGAUACUGCAGCUGGAGAUGAAAUUGGUUGGGCAUUUGUUGAAUGUCCAUUUGUAUCAUAA